AGAUAAGUUUUCUUGUAUCAAUGCACAUCUGAAUACUUGUAUUUUUUGUGCCCUAAAGAGCGCAUAUCAGCGUUGGAGAAUGUUUAAUCCAAUUUACAAUUAAAGAUUACAAAUGAAAUAUUCAAUUAUCAAUUGCCAUUAACGAUUAAAAUUUUACUUACACCAAUGUUAAUCAUAUGAUACGAUUAAAUUAAUAAUUUAACCAUUAGUUCGAUUAAUGAUUAACAAUUGAAGUCUUAAUCGUUGUAAAAUUAUUGUUUUUUCUUAUAUAUUUUUGUCGUUUUCUUAUCACCAUUCAAAAAUUGAGCAAAACAAUAAGCGAAAUGAAAAUAAUUCUACAAAAUGGAUAAUCAAUGAUUCUGCUUUGUAAUUAUACAUAAAAUAAAACGAUUCAAUGAUUACAAAGUGUCUGUAGAGUAGUUCGUCAAUGAUUCACAGGGUAUCUACGAAGAGAUUCGUCAAUGAAUAAUUUUACCAUUGACGAAUUACUCCAUAGCACUUCAUGAAUCAUUGACGAACUAAUCUAAUAAAAUUACUCUCAUUUCGCAUCAAUUGAUAAUUGGAUAUUUCAAUUUUAAUUCUUAGUUAUAAAUUGAAUGAAAUAUAGCACAACACUAGUACAUAUUAAUUACGGUAUUACCAAUAGUUUCUAUAGAUUUAUACUAGUGAACAUGAUACUUUUAAUGUCAGUUUGCAUGAUUAAAAUUCAUGUGUGCAUAUACCUCACAUACAUGGUACUUGCUGGAAUUUGCUAAGAUGUAUAUAUAUAUAUGUAUAUGUAUAUGUAUAUAUGAUUACAAUAUAAUAAUUCAUAAAUAUUUAUCUAUUUUGCAUUUGCACGCAGAUAUACAAACAUAAUAAAAAAAACCAUAGAGAUGAGAUAUAUUAAGAUUAUUGCUUAUGAUAUGAAUAAAUAAUUAAUAUUUAAAAACAAAUAUUUAUAAUCAUGGAUAUAACAAUACACGAUAGACUUAAUGCUUUGCAACAAAUUAGUCAACGAAAAUUUAUUGAAAUAUUAGAUAUAAUUCCUGGUACAAAAGAUUUAAUAAUAGAACAGAAACUUAUAAAAAUACUUGAUAGCUUUAUAGGAGUCACCACACUCAAACGAUAUGAAGUUGAUAAAAUAUAUAAAUUGGAGCAAGGAUUAAAACUAUCAAAUAGUCAACGUAUAUUUCUAGUGUCUAGUAAUUUAACAUCUUGUAAAAGAGUACUGGAUCAAAUUCAAUCAGAAAUAUCUCAUAUUACAUCCCAUGUACAGGUCUGUCAUCAUUUAUUAGUUGUACCAUUUAUUCCUACUGUAUUCCAUACAUUAAUAGAAGAAGAAGGACUCAGUGGAUUAAUUACAAUAUAUCCAUUAAGUUAUGAGUUAAUACGAUUAGAUGGAAACGUUUUAUCAUUUGAAAAUUCAUUAUUUACGGACUUAUAUUAUUAUAAAGAUGGGACUCUUCUACCUGCAAUGGCACGUAAUUUGUGGUCAUUAUUUCUUGUGCUUGGUUCACCCAAACUUAUAUUGUCGUUUGGAAAAUAUAGUCAACAAAUUUUAAGAUUUAUUGAAUCCAUAAAACAGUCUGUAAAAUCUUGUAAAACGGAAAAUGAAAUUGGUGCUUUUAUUUUAAUGGAUAGAAGUUACGAUAAAGUUACUACACUGUUGACACCAGUAACAUACUCAAGUUUAUUAAAUGAAGUUUUCGACAUAAAUGUGGGUGUGAUAUAUACUGGUAAAACACAAAGAAAGUUAGAUCCUGAUAAAGACCAAAUAUAUGGAGAAGUUCGUGAUAUACCUUGUAGUAAUGUCUUCCCAAUAUUACAUGAAAAAACCAAAUCACUCAAAUCUGAACAGGAGGCAAUAGAAACAAUGAAACUUGCUGAAAUGGGACAAUACAUAACAACAAAAUUACAAAAAUCAAGAGAUAUGACACAACAAUUAGUUUUUCAUAUAUCAGCUUGUCGAACAAUUGUAGACACAUUAGGAUCUGAGUUUCAAACGUUACAAAGCAUUGAAAAAUUGAUACUUGAACGUAAAGGAAGGAAAGAGUGUUUGAACUAUAUUGAGAGAAAUAUAGAUGAAAAUCCAUUGAAAUGUUUACGUCUUUUGUGUCUCUUAUCCAUUUGUAAUGAUGGCAUUGUUUCUUCAGAUUUACAAUCCAUUCAGAAAUUACACCUUCAUGCCCAUGGUUACAAAAAUAUUCCAUUAUUUUAUAAAUUGCAGAACGUUGGUUUAUUGAAAAUUAAAACAGAAAGUGGUAUUAAUAGAUUAACAGAUCAAAGUAAUGAGUGGACUAGUAAUGUACAACGUUUCAAACUUUUACCAAAUAAUACAAAACAUAUUGAAUCAAAAGGUUCUACAUGUCCCAGCUAUGUUUUUCAUAAUGCUUAUAUACCACUUAUAGCACAAAUUUUAAAUAUCGUCGUCAAUCAAGAAAAAGAAAGCAAAAAUUUUGAUGAAAUAUUGAAGUUACCAGACUGUCUUAUGAAUGGUCAGCGUGGUAUACUGUCACCAAAAAUAAUUGUAAUUUGUAUUAUUGGAGGUAUCUCUAAUGCAGAAAUAUCUGCAUGUAGACUUAUAGAAAAAUCGAUGGGUAUUAAACUUGUUCUCGUAAGUGAUAGUACAAUAACUGGUAAUAAACUUAUAGAAAAGAUACAAGAAAUAUAAGAUGAUCAUGUAAAAUUAUAUUUAGUUUGAAUAUUAUUUAUUAGUUUUAUAUAAAGAAUUUCUGGAAAGUAAUGUGACGUGAUUUGCUUUAUUUAUCUUAUGUAUGCAUAAUGUCAUACUAUAAGCGAAUGUAGCAAUAUAAUAAUAACAUUACAUAUUAAACAUUUUUUUAUUUAUUUUCAUUUUUUUUUUUUGUACUAUUUAUCAUUUCAAUAAUUUCGGUUUUCUUCUCGAUUACGAUCACGAUCACGAUCGCGUCUCUGUCUUCCCCAAUCUUGUCCUUGUCGAUUAUAAUUUUGACGAUCACGGAAGUUUCCUUGAUUUCCUCUCGAAAAGAAGUUGCCUGAAAUAAUAUGUAUUCACAUAUUAACAUUAACUUCUGCAUUCUUAAUUAAUACACAAUUAUAUAUAUAUGUAGAUGCUAGAAUAUGUAAACAAUAUAUUUGCUAUGUUUAGUUACAUUACCUUGUUUCAUUUCAAAAAUACGUUCAUUAGAAUCUACGAAAUUAUUUACUUUGUCACUAAGUUGUAAUGCAAGUGAUUGUAAACGACUAGGCUCACUUCGAUGCAUUACAACAGUUUCUGUUGGAUCAUCCAAAGAAGCCUAUAAAAAUAUGAAUUAUAAUUUAAUAUAUGUUUUAUAUUAUUUUAUGAAAUAUAAAAAAUAAAUAUUUUUAAUAUAC